CACCCGAGGCGGAAGCGCGGGGACUGGGCGCAGGCUCGGUGCGGGCGGCGCGCAUGCGUGCGUGCGGCCUGCUCUGCUAGUGUGACUGGGCCGGGCGCGGGGUUUGCUGCGGCGCUGACCGAAGCUUCGCGUGGGUGGAGGAGGCGCGGGUGCAGGUCUUUAAGGAUUAGAAAUGGCUUCCAAAAGAGCUCUGGUCAUCCUGGCUAAGGGUGCGGAGGAGAUGGAGACAGUGAUCCCCGUGGAUAUCAUGCGACGAGCCGGGAUUAAAGUCACUGUUGCAGGCCUGGCUGGGAAAGACCCCGUGCAGUGUAGCCGUGACGUAAUGAUUUGUCCUGAUACCAGUCUUGAAGAUGCAAAAAAGCAGGGACCAUACGAUGUGGUGGUUCUUCCAGGAGGCAAUCUGGGAGCACAGAAUUUAUCCGAGUCCCCUGUGGUGAAGGAGAUCCUGAAGGAGCAGGAGAGCAGGAAGGGCCUCAUAGCUGCCAUCUGUGCUGGUCCUACCGCUCUGUUGGCUCAUGAAAUAGGUUUUGGAAGCAAGGUUACAACGCACCCGGGGGCUAAGGACAAAAUGAUGAAUGGUAGCCACUACAGCUACUCAGAGAGCCGUGUGGAGAAGGAUGGCCUGAUCCUCACCAGCCGAGGGCCUGGGACCAGCUUCGAGUUUGCUCUGGCCAUCGUGGAGGCCCUCAGUGGCAAGGAGGCUGCUGACCAAGUGAAGGCACCGCUUAUUCUCAAGGACUAGAGCCCAAGCCCGGACCCCACGACUGAGGCCAUGGGAAGCCGUCCCUGUACGAGGCCCACGAGUGUGUGAAGUAGCCACCACACGGGGUCUCCCCUGAAGCCCGGGUCUGUACAUUUCUGAACAGGGCUAGUAGAAUAAAGUUUACCAGCUCCUGG